UUUACGACGUGAUUGACAAGCAGGACCAGCAGUCAGUGAGGUCGGAGCUAUCAAGGGCGCCUACAGACGGAGAGGACAGAGUCUUCCUCUGCCGGAUGAACGUCGCUCGAAACGCAAGGCGCCAGAUGCGGUUCGGUGAUCAAAAGGUGGUGCUAGUCCGAGGACACUACGUGUCAUAUCUCCCGCUAUGCAGCCGCAACGAGCCCGUGUUCCUGGCGUCGUGCACGCCGCUGGCCAUGCCCGAGACGCGCGAGUGCGUGGUGCACGGCGCCACCAACGUCUUCACCACCGUGCAUGCCAUGGACAUGAAGAUAUUGCACAUUGACAUCAAUAGCGAAUGGCACCUGGGGUGGGAUAGGAGCUCGCUGCACGGUGUGAGCUGGUACCAUCUACUACAUCCCGAAUGCUGCAAGGAGGCUCAGAGCAAACAUCGAUUGAUAACGCAAUCGGAACAAGAGAGGUCGUGCAUAGCGCUGCUGCGACUGCAGAGGCGUUGCGGUCAGUUCCUUUGGGUCCACACUGUGCUGCAACUGAAGGAUAACUUGGAGAACUCGCAGCGGCCAGUCAUUGUAUGCACCAACCAAGUGUUGAGUGAACAAGAAGCAAUGGUCAUGAAAGCGAACCCGUGGCUGUACCAUUAUUAUGCAGUGCAAUCAAAACUUCACUACGGAUUGGCAUACGAAGCUGCUACUAGGAUGUAUGGUCCACCACCCCCCGAUAUACAAGUUUACCCACCAGCGAUGCAGUAUACUCCAACUCCACCAGUCUGCAUAAAUGGAAGUCAACCGGUCAUGAUGCCUAAUUCAAACCUCCAGCCUCAUAUACCGCAUGUGCCUCCGCAUUUGACACCAAUACACUAUGCCUACGAGAGACCAGAUAAUAGCCCAGUGGACUAUUCUGUAUCGCUUCAAGACAACAGGUAUACCAAUAUACGGAUUGAAGAUACAAGACUACAACCAAAUGUUAAGAAAAAAAGUAAAUCUGAAGACAAGCCAAAUACCCCUGUUCCUAAUAUGUCGCCUCGCUUUGUAAAUAACUCUGCUGGAGAAACUUUAGUUGCAGUAGCGGGUGCUAUCGUAAGUCGGAGGCCGGGCUCAAAAAAUUUUAAUAUACCGGAAUCAGAGAUGAUUGAUCAGUGGAAUCCGAGUCCAACUUGGUCGGAAUCGGCAUUACAGAAAGUUCCAGAUGUUUGCCAACAGGAUCUAAGCCCCUAUGUAACAACGACGCCCCCUACGCCUUCUGGAACGCCAUCUGCAUAUACUCAUAACUAUAGCCAUACUUUUGUUUUCGACUGGUCGCCAGAACAGUAUGUUCCUCAUACUAACAAUAGAUGUAGUACAGUAACGUCUGAAAGUUCCUAUCAACAAAAUUGGAGAAAUCAAAGAGCAACGUUUGCGAAUACAGAUGGAACAGCGGAUGAGAACUGUAAUCCUAAUAGAUUAAGCUUAACAAUGAGAGUCAGCAGAACUCCGCCUGAACACUCAGCACCAGCUGAAGGAGAAAUUCUUAGAAGACAAAUUGACGGGCCCCACCCAGAUUCACCAGGUGCCAAAAAACCAGCGUUAUAACUAUAGCAUAAAUUAUACUUAUCAAUAUAUAGUAAAUUUACUACUUUGUUCGUUACCUUUACAACUAGAUAUUAUUUAUGUACUAUAAAUGUUCUGGAACUCUCCUGUGAUCUUCGUGUUUAUAAGAAUUGUGUAUAAUAUAUAAAUAAAAAAAUGUAGGUUAUAAAUUAUAUUUUACAUUAAAAAAAUGUACAAAAUGUAACGAUACCGUCCACUUAAGUAAUACAUCACAUUAAAUGUGAAUGCUAUAGGAACUGUAAUAUUUUCUUUUUGUAAAUAAUGUUAAAUAAUUUAAAAUCUUAUUUAAGGCACAUUUAUUUCUACAACCUUUGUGCAAUUGUUGGUUUUCAUAUAUUUAGGUAUUGAAUUUGUACUUAGUCUUUAGUUUAGUA